AACAAUAAGUUGAGAGGAAAAAAUAAUGAAACAACUUUUAAGAUUGGGUAUUUUGUGUGUACAGAUUGGUCUUAAGAAGAAACCGCAUCAAAACUAUCUUUUUCUUCUUCAUUGAUCUCGAAUAAUCCGUUUCUUCAAACCUAAUACCAAUAGUUAUCUCAAAAUUCCACCACACUUUUAAUUUUCCACCACAAAUCUUUUCAACCCAUGGAAACCAGUUCCGGAAAUUCAGUGGAGAACCAGUCGGUGGAGACCCAGCAGCAGAAGCAGAAUGUAACUCUGACGAUGAUGAUGAAAUUUCUGAAGAAGAUGAUCUGAAAUAUGAAAUUGUUGAACUUCACGAAGAUAUAUGCAUGACUCGGGUAAACAUUGAAUUAUGUACCCUACCUCCUCUUGAUGCUGUAAAGAUUCCGGCGGACAAAAUUAAGGCCAUAAUGGAAAAAUUCGGUCUUAAGAAUCUAAAACAUUCGGAUUAUCCGCCUCACCUGCAGAGCUUUGUAGAAGAGAUAGUAUAUGCCAUAGUAUGCGUUCAGGAAAUCGUGGAUUUUGGGAGGUAUGCUGCACUUGGCAAAUAUAGGGAUGGAUUGCCUAAUUGGAAGUACUUCACAAAGUGGUAUUAUGCUGGUGGUAUGGAGGAGCUAGAGAGUUUUGAAUUCAAAAAUGAAUGUGACACUUUGCCAACUGCUCAGGACCCGAGUCCAAUGCCUGUGGAUGGAGUGGUCGGUGGAGAUCCAGCAGCGGCAGAAUGUGGCGUUGACGAUGAUGAUCUGGAAGAUGAAAUUUCUAACAAAGAUGAUCUGAAAGAUGAAACUUCUAACGAAGAUGAUCUGAAAGAUGAAAUUUUUGAACUUCUCCUGGAAAUAGAAGAGGCUCUGGACAACAUUGAAUUACGUACCCUACCUCUUGAUGCUGUCAAGAUUCUGGGUGACCAACUGGAGGCCUUAUUGAAAAAAUUAGGUCUUGACAAUGUAAAAUGUGGGGAUUAUCCGCCUCACCUGCAGAGCUUUGGAAAAGAUAUAGAAUUUUUGAAAGUACGUGUUCAUGAAACCGCGGAUUUUGGGAAGUAUGCUGCAGCUGGCAAAUAUAGUGGACGACGGCCUUAUUGGGUUGACUUCAAAUAAUGGUAUGAUGCUGGUGGUAUGGUCGAGCUAGAGAGUUCUGAAUCAUAAAAUGAAUGUGACGCUUUGCCAACUGCUCAGGACCAGAUUCCAAUGCCUGUGGAUGGUGCUACUUCAGUUGCUGAUAGACAUUAACUAUCAGGAAUCAUCGGUGAGCUGGGUGCCUCGCUGCAGCAGCUCAGGAUGGAAAGCAAACUGAGGCAGUUGCGGCUUUGGAAGCUGUAAACUUGGCCUGGCAAAAGCUGAUUCUCAACCAUCACUUAGAAGGGAACUAUCCUAAUUUAGUGAAUGCAAUCAGCGGUAGACUGUUGAGGUGGCUGAUAAUCUAGCAAAAGAUGCUAAAGAUGUUAGACUCUUCAUAUCUCAAUUUUCUGGGGUCAUGAUUUACCUCUUUGGUUAAAAACUCUCGUUAGAAAGAAACUGGGUGUGUUUAUCUGUGGCUUGGAAGGAUAAUCUAAACAUUAAAGCUGUGCCAAUUUUCAGACCUUACAAGAAUACAAGUUACCAGUCCCUUGAAA